AUGAGAUCGGUUUUUAGUGCAGCCCACCACGACUGGAAUUGGGAGACAAUAUUAAUUGGAGUAUCAUUCUUGGCUUUCCUUCUUACAACAAAAUAUAUUGCUAAGAAGAAAAAGAAUCUCUUUUGGGUGGCUGCAAUUUCUCCUAUGAUAUGUGUUAUUGUCUCUACUUUUUCUGUUUACAUUACAAGGGCAGACAAGAAAGGAGUAGCAAUUGUGAAACAUAUUGAAGAUGGUGUGAAUCCAUUUCUGGGGAUUUGA